CUCUAAACUCGUAAGCUCUUCUUCACCUUCAAGGUUUAAUAAGUUCGCUUCAUGAAUCUCCAAUAACUUUUCUCAGAUGAUUUUUUAAUCUUAUCUGAUAAAAAUCAUCUGAUUCCAUUAUUGUUACGUGCAGAAGCAGAACUGAUCCAUCACGGGUCCCACCACCACAUUGUUUGUUUCAAGAAGCUGUUGACGUCGACACUUUUGUGGCUGAUAACAAUAAUGGUGAUGACUCAUUUUCCACGUCUCCGACAACUUCUUCUACUCCAACCCAAAUUCCUCUCUUCUCAACCUCGUAUCCUCCGUUCUCCUUCUCCUCUAAUCAGAACUCCAACAUUUCGCCGAUCAUUGAUGGGUUCGUCUUCAUCUUUCUCCUCCUCCUCCUCCUCGAAGCUUCUCUUUCGUCAACUCUUUGAGAAAGAAUCUUCCACCUUCACUUAUCUUCUCGCCGACGUUUCUCAUCCUGAUAAACCAGCUUUGUUGAUUGAUCCGGUGGACAAGACUGUGGAUAGAGACUUGAAGCUGAUAGAUGAGUUAGGCUUAAAGCUUAUCUAUGCUAUGAACACUCAUGUUCAUGCUGAUCAUGUCACUGGAACUGGACUUCUUAAGACGAAGCUCCCGGGUGUGAAAUCCGUUAUUUCGAAAGCAAGUGGUUCUAAAGCUGAUAUGUUUCUUGAACCCGGUGACAAAGUAUCUAUUGGCGAUAUAUACCUCGAGGUUCGUGCUACACCUGGGCAUACUGCAGGAUGUGUUACAUAUGUGACUGGAGAAGAGGCUGAUCAGCCCCAACCAAGAAUGGCUUUUACCGGGGAUGCUGUACUCAUCCGUGGUUGUGGGAGGACUGACUUUCAGGGCGGAAGCUCUGAUCAACUCUACGAGUCUGUACAUUCACAGAUAUUUACAUUGCCAAAGGACACAUUGAUCUAUCCAGCUCACGAUUACAAAGGUUUCGAGGUAAGUACAGUUGGAGAAGAGAUGCAACACAACCCGCGUCUAACUAAAGAUAAAGAAACAUUCAAAACCAUUAUGUCAAAUCUCAAUCUGUCGUAUCCGAAGAUGAUUGAUGUUGCAGUACCAGCAAAUAUGGUAUGUGGGUUACAAGAUGUGCCUUCUCAAGCCAACUAAAAACUCUACACAAUAUGUUUGUCUAUAUUUACCAAAGCCAAUAAAACUCUUGAGAGUAGUUUAUCCAAUAAGAUUUGCUUCCGUUUUAGAUAAGCUCAUUAGAAGAUUGUGUAAUGAACAUGUGGAAUUUGUUAUGAAGAUGAAGAUAGUAUUUGCGUGUUCAACU